UGCGAGGUGAUAAGUUGAAGAAACAUGGCGACGUCUAAUUUGUUAAAGAACAAGGGGUCCCUGCAGUUUGAGGACAAGUGGGAUCUGAUGCGGCCCAUCGUUCUCAAGCUGCUCAGACAGGAGGCCGUCACCAAGCAACAGUGGUUCGACUUGUUCUCAGAUGUCCAUGCUGUGUGUCUAUGGGAUGAUAAAGGACCAGCUAAAAUCCAUCAAGCCCUCAAAGAGGACAUCCUAGACUUCAUCAAACAAGCACAGGCUCGGGUGCUGAGCCACCAGGACGACACAGCUUUGCUAAAGGCCUACAUUGUAGAGUGGCGAAAGUUCUUCACCCAGUGCGACAUCCUGCCCAAACCCUUCUGUCAGUUGGAGAUCACGCUGAUGGGCAAACAGGGCAGCAACAAGAAAACAAACAUGGAGGACAGCAUCGUACGUAAGCUGAUGCUGGACACGUGGAACGAGUCAAUCUUUUCUAACAUUAAGAGUCGCCUGCAGGACAGCGCCAUGAAGCUGGUGCACGCUGAGAGGCAGGGGGAGGCCUUCGACUCCCAGCUUGUUAUAGGCGUGCGAGAGUCGUACGUGAACCUGUGUUCAAACCCAGAGGACAAGCUGCAGAUCUACAGGGAUAACUUCGAGAAGGCAUACCUGGACUCCACAGAGAGGUUUUACAGAACACAAGCACCGUCCUACCUGCAGCAGAACGGCGUCCAGAACUACAUGAAAUAUGCAGACGCAAAGCUGAGAGAAGAGGAGAAGAGAGCACUUCGAUAUCUAGAGACACGUCGUGAAUGUAACUCUGUUCAAGCACUUAUGGAGUGUUGUGUGAACGCUCUGGUGACCUCGUUCAAAGAAACCAUCCUCGCUGAAUGUCCAGGGAUGAUCAAACGCAACGAGACAGACAAGCUGCACCUGAUGUUUUCGCUGAUGGACAAGGUUCCCAGCGGGAUCGAGCCCAUGCUGAAGGACCUGGAAGAACAUAUCAUCAGUGCUGGACUAGCAGACAUGGUGGCUGCUGCCGAGACGAUCACUACUGACUCUGAGAAGUAUGUGGAGCAGCUGCUGACUUUGUUCAACCGCUUCAGUAAACUGGUGAAGGAGGCCUUCCAGGACGACCCACGCUUCCUCACUGCAAGAGAUAAGGCGUACAAGGCUGUCGUCAACGACGCCACAAUCUUCAAACUGGAGCUGCCUAUGAAACAGAAAGGUGUGGGGAUGAAGACUCAGCCCGAGUCAAAGUGUCCCGAGCUGCUGGCGAACUACUGUGACAUGCUGCUGAGGAAGACUCCUCUCAGCAAGAAACUCAACUCAGAGGAGAUCGAACUCAAACUCAAAGAAGUGCUCUUGGUGUUGAAGUACGUCCAGAAUAAAGAUGUGUUCAUGCGUUACCACAAAGCUCACCUGACCAGGCGCCUGAUUCUGGACAUUUCAGCAGACAGUGAGAUUGAAGAGAACAUGGUGGAGUGGCUGAGAGAAGUAGGAAUGCCUGCCGAUUAUGUCAACAAGCUGGCCAGGAUGUUUCAGGACAUCAAGGUCUCAGAGGAUCUCAAUCAGGUCUUCAAAGAGAUGCACAAACACAACAAGCUGGCUCUUCCAGCGGACAGCGUGAACAUCAAGAUCCUGAACGCUGGAGCUUGGUCACGAAGCAGCGAGAAGGUUUUCGUGUCGCUGCCCACGGAGCUCGAGGACCUGAUCCCUGAGGUGGAAGACUUCUACAAGAGGAAUCACAGCGGUCGCAAACUCCACUGGCAUCACCUCAUGUCCAACGGCAUUAUCACCUUUAAAAACGAGGUGGGUCAGUACGACCUGGAGGUGACGACGUUCCAGCUCGCCGUGCUGUUCGCCUGGAACCAGCGGCCCAGAGAGAGGAUCAGCUUUGAGAACCUCAAACUGGCCACAGAGCUGCCUGACGCCGAGCUGCGCCGCACACUCUGGUCUCUGGUUGCCUUCCCCAAGCUGAAGAGACAGGUGUUGUCUUAUGACCCCCCAGUUAGCUCGCCCAAAGACUUCACCGACAGCACGCUCUUCUACGUCAACCAGGAGUUCUCACUCAUCAAAAACUCCAAAGUCCAGAAGCGGGGAAAGAUCAACCUGAUUGGUCGACUGCAGCUCACCACAGAGCGAAUGAGAGAAGAGGAGAAUGAAGGAAUCGUUCAGCUCAGAAUACUCAGAACUCAGGAGGCCAUCAUCCAAAUCAUGAAGAUGAGGAAGAGGAUCAGCAACGCCCAGCUGCAGACGGAGCUGGUGGAGAUCCUGAAGAACAUGUUUCUGCCUCAGAAGAAGAUGAUCAAGGAGCAGAUCGAGUGGCUCAUCGAACACAAGUACAUAAAGAGGGACGAGGCAGACAUCAACACCUUCAUCUACAUGGCAUAGGCAGCGAGGGAGGAGCGCUUUCUCGCUCUGUUUUUUACUCCUGGCCUGCGAGCGGCGCUUGAAAACCUACAAGAGGAGGGACGAGGAGCGAGUGUCUGAGGAAGAGGAGAGGGGUGACGAUAAGUAGGGCGCGUGCUGCAGGACGAGGACGUGUGGAUAUUUUUGUGUUUGUGAGACACCAGUUUGUUAUCGGAGUGUCUUUUCGAGGCGUGGAGUCGGACUGUCUGUGUGUGUGUGUGCUGCCCUCUAGUGUCGAUCAGAGGGGAGGCACUGCAGCCUGCGCCGCCUGCCAGCAGCUCAGAAGAAAAAAAAAAAUAGUGACAUUAUUAAAUGAAAUACUUCCUGCCUUAUUUCAUCAGCAACAGACUGAAGAGGAGGAGGAGGAGGAGGAGGAGGAGCAGUGUAGGGAGGAUGGAACAAGCUGUUAUCAAUCCUUUGCUUUCACUUAAUGCCACAGCAGCCAUCGAAGCGGCAGCCAUUCUGCAUCCCUCCUGUUCUACAUUUGUCUUAUUUUUGAACUGGGAAUGCAAACCGCCGCGAGUGAAAGCUGCCAUGGAGGAGGAGCGGACACGGGUGGAGAGAUUAGUCUAAACUACCGAGGAGUAUUUUGCCAAAUUGUGUGUGAGUGUGUGUGAGUGUAUGAGUGCAUGGUGUGCAUCAGGUGUUUUCGAUGUGUGUAUCGUGUGCGCACUUUGAACAGCAUGCUGCUUUCUGGUUUUCCGUUUCUUUUUGUUCUGUGGAGGAUCUGAGACACUCUGUGGUUGUGUCCAGGCGGGUCGGGACUGUUUAAAUGCUGAUAUCUCGUUUUUCUCUUUAGCCCUGUGGCAGGGAAAGUUUGUCAACAGGUAAACAAGUAUUGUCUGGAGACCCUCGUCUGUGUUGGGAAAUUAUCAAACUGCAAACUGUUUAUUUGGUGUGUAAAGACCCUCCGAACAUUGUGAGAUUAAAUACCAGCUGAAUGCAUGAAAGAGGGACACGUCUAGAGUUGAAGAGACAAAUACGUACACAGACUGGACUGAAGCUCCAGGACUGAACUUCCACUCAGUCAUUCUUAGCACAGUGUCAGUGCAGGAGGAUGCUGUUUCAUUAAGGUUUAAAGUGAAUGAGCUGCUCUCCCCCCCAAAGGAGAACACUGUCUGAGCCAUAGGAGAGUUCAUAUAGCCAUCAUAGUGUGUGUGUGUGUGUUUUUGUUUGUAUUUGUAUGUGUGUGUGUGUGACACAGAGGUCCGUCAUCCUCAAAGUGAACCGUUUGACUCAAAGCAGCCGUUGUUGCAGCGUGUUGGCUGACAGAUCAGCUGUGGCUUCAGUCGUGUCUGUUUCAGUUCCCUCCUUAGUUUUUAUUUUCACUACGAGGUGUUGUGGAGGCCCGCCCGCUGUAAGAGGUGGAGCUGAAAAUCCAGUCCAGCAUUCAGAUGUGAGGCUGCAGGCGUCUGACUGGGCCGCUGCGCUCAGGUGCUCGUCACAGUCGCUGUCCCAGAAUUCCACCUGUGUGUCUGUUAACAGGUGUCACACUGUAUGUUGUGACCUGUCUGAUUCUGUGGCCUGAUUGGGAUUUCAUCUAUAGGCUAACUGCGCUUUGUAAUACACACACACACACGCGGUGGACUGGGACAGGGCACUGACUGACAGCACUCUGGGCUUGUGUGUUUUGCUCAAAGACCCUUUGACUUGUGAACAGGAGGAUUAGCCUUUCAGACGACAGACUGGGUCACAGCCGCCCAGAGUCACGUCUGAUCGCCUCAAACAGUGACCUCACUGAACCUGCACAGGUUGAUCUUUUUAAAGAUGUUUUUGGAAGUCAAUUAGACACGAUGCCUCCAUUGCAUAGUUUGUCCACCAGAGAGCAUAUUUUCAACUGUAAAAUGUCCCGCUCAGUGGAUCUCUUUAAAUCAACAAAAAUAGGAUCCUUUGCAACAUCUGGAUUUUUAGUUUAUUUUCUUUUACAGUGAACUUAAAGAAAAGUGUGAACUGAUGAAAAAUAUACUCUUCAAGGACUCUUCUGGCCUGAAGCUGAAUCUCAGUAUUUAAGUCCCGUUUUCUUAUCUGCUCCCCUUAUUAUUUUUUUAUGCAUUGCAGUUUUAAAUGAACACAUUAUAGCAGUUUGGAGUGAAACUCUGCUUUAAGUUUGGAGUGGCAUGGACAGAUCAGCUUCUUAAAGUCGUACAAUCCUUUCUUCAUUUUGGAUUUAACAAUCAGUCGAUCAGAUCGAUCAAUUCAGACAAAGACUAGAGCGAGGAAUGGCGAGCAGGAAACGGAGACGCUGCUUUCUGUUGCUUCUUGUGUUUCUCUCUGCUUCUGUUUUUCAGAUCCUCGCAUGUGGAAAAUGUCUUUUUCCUUUAGAAGCAGUUGUAGGGAGUCGACAAGGGGCGUUUGUGUGUGAACGGCUUUUAAAACGUUUCUGAAAGUGUUAAAGCAACUGAAACUCUGCAGUCACAUCGACACCUGCUCACUGUUGAUUUUCAUUUUGUGACUACAUUCUUGCUGCUGCUUAGACUUGUAAAAUAUUUUCGGUUUGACGCGUUCGGCCCGUCGGUGGCUGCAGGGUCCGCUGCAGGAACAGUGAGUUAGAAAGGGAAGAAACUGCUGAGUUGCACUGAGAUCAGGAGAGCUCCACAGGCCCAAGUCAAAAACACUGCAUUCAAAUGCUACACAUACGUCCGUUUGUCACUGCUGCGAUUUAACUCGGUGACAUUAAGUUGUGCUGCUGUGAUGUUGGACAUCCUGUUGAGCAGCGAGGAAGACGAGAGACAACAGUGAAUGUGUGGGAUUGAAUUUUUUUAAUAUUUAUUCUGUAUUUAUGAAGAAUGUUACUUGCUUUGUCGGUUGAGAUGUUGUUGUUUCUUUUGUUUUUGGAACGAUGUUGGUGCACAUUCAAAGAGCUGACACAGUAUUUGUUUACUGCAGCUCUCCUCUGUUUGAAAUUUUAGUCGAAUUUAAUUCGCUUCCCGCCUCUGAUGAUUCGAUUCACACCUACAGUUUGUGUGCAAAAUGUUAAAACAGCUUUUUACUUCCUGUGACUGCGAGACCAGGAUGUUUGCUCUUAAUGAACCAAACUCCCCAUGUCGAUCACAUUAUGCAGUUCUAUCCUCUAUGCACAGACCCGGCUCAGCUGGAGUUCUUGCAGCUAGUCUGACGCUCUGUUUUGAAUUGUCUAAACUGGAGUUCAUGGAGUGCAGUGAAAUGAGGCCCGGUGAGUUAGGACUUCUUGGACAUCAGUGGUUGAUGCUUUGUUUAUUUCACAGCUUUAAUGGUUGUUUGGUUUUCCCCAUCAAAUUUAAAGUAAAGCUGAAAAUAAUUUGCAUUUCUACUAUUUUAUCCAUGUGUGUUUACUGAGGCAGUGAGGUCGUCUGGUUUCUGCACAGCGCAGUCCCUCGACACAGUGAGUGAACAAGCUGCUGGGCUGUUCUGUUGGUUGGUGUAUCACCUAAAUGUUAGCAUGCUAACUCUGAGCACUUCUUAAGCAUACAUACAGCCCCAGAGAGCCGUUAGCAUGGCUGUGGACUUGUUUCCAGAUUGACAAGCUUGAAUUUCUCUUGCAGAGGUUUUUCACAGGUUCUCGCUGAGUGAUCGACACCUUUGACUUGUGCCACUAACACAUCACUGUUUUUUUUUUUUUUUUUUUUUAUACUUUGGUCAUCAUAUUGAAUGAUGCAUCAGAGUUUUCUGUUACAGCACACCAAGCUUCACCAUCUGCUUUAUCAACACCGACUGUACAGCUUUCAGACCCGAGCUUUAAACUGAACAGAAACUGUGUUUUAACUUUUUUUUUUUUAUAAGUAUUUACAGCAUACAAACAUGCCACUUCCCUCCAAGGUAACGUUUAUUGAAAUACAAGUACUGGUCUUAUUUUACUGCCCUUUUAUAAGACAUCCUGUAUUUUAAACCAUGAUAUACAAUCGUAGAAUGUGUUCUAUUUUGUCCAAUCAGUCAUCAGUAUUAGCUGGUGAAACUGAAACCUUUCUGUAGCUUUUUCAGUCAUUUGAUCCUGAUCGGAGACAUCUGGUUUACCUUGAGAUGAGUUUUACGGGGCUGAAAGUGGUUUUUAUCCUGUGGAGCGGGCUUUGGUUGCUGUGUUUUUAUCAUUUGAAACCGUGUACCUGCCCAUCAGCCCGGCCUGCGCAGGUGGGCGGACUUACCUGUAGCCUUGCAUAAUGACAAACUUGAAGUAAACACAAUCGGUCACAGCCUAAACCAGCUGAAUGUUUGCCACUACAUCACGUAAAGACAUGGAACUUUGUGUUGUCGGGGUGGGAGCAGAUAGUUCAACUACUUUGAUGUGCUGCGUUGUUUUGCUUGUUUCAAAUAUUUUUUAAAGUUGAAUAAUUUAUUUCCUGGCAAAAUAAAGACAACUGUAAAGAGA